AAGAUUAAUGUGGUCUGGGACGAAUAAAAUUGUUGCAAGAGGAAGUGAUACAUGCUAAGAGGGUUUAUAACAUUAUAAUGACGCACUCGUUUUUCGGUCAGUUGGAAAGAAAGGCUCCUCCACAGCUGAAGCUACCAGUGUGAACGCCUCAGCUAAGCUCAUCUGCUGCUAGAUCCCUUAUUACACUGAAGAAACUGUGUUUACUCUCAGGACAGAGAGAUCACUCAGUGAAUCAGUGUAUCUCCUUUCAUAAUGAGCCGGGACGUCCCUAUCCACAGCUGGCCCGGUUCCUAUUACAUCAACAGUGAGAAGCGGUGGGAAAAUGGCACCCUGUCCGUCACCAGGACCAUGGUGCGCUUCAUCUCUAACCAGAGUAAGGAGAGUCUUGCCAGCUUUCGCCUCUCCAGGAUCAUGGAACUCAAGAUGGAGUCGUCUAGUUUUAUCUUCAGCACUCUCACAGUGCUUGAAGAGGGCAAUGUGAAACACUGGUUUGGCUCCCUUAAGCCCAACAGGGUGGUGGUUUAUAAUGUCUUAGAGCAUUUCUGGAGAGAGCGUCUUUUGUCCCCCAGCUCAGAGUCCCGGGGAGCCGAAUGUAAACCCUCUAAAGGCAGAGAGCUGAUCAGCCUGGUGGCAGGGGCCCAGAGAAGACUGGAGGACACCGGCAGUGUCCUCAGCCACCAAGGAGAGCAGUUUGACAAUAUGAUGCAGGGACUGGAGAAGAUUGACUCAGAUCUGGGCGUGGCUGAUAAACUUUUGUUAGAGCUGGAGUCUCCCUCCUGGUGGCCUUUUGGUAAACUUCCUUGGAAGACUCAGCAGGAAGCCAAGGCUCAGGACGCUGCAAGAGCUGGAGCUGCUGCUGCUUCUGCAGCUGGCAAAGGGUCCAGUAGAAAUAAGGUGAUCACAAGCAUCCCAGCUGUAGUGACCAAAGGCGGGGACUCAGACUUAAAACCCGGAUGCUUGUUGGUGCUGGUGUCCUCAGUGGAGGUGCGAGACACAAACUGUCAACUCCUUCACCGUUUUGAACGAAAUGACAUCGACGAAAUCAGGGUGCACAGUCCGUAUGAGAUCACUGUUAGACAGCGGUUUAUUGGGAAGCCAGAUAUAUGCUACAGGUUCCUGUCUGCCAAGAUGCCAGAGGCAUUGUCAGUGUUAGAGAUGCAGUACAAAAAGAAAGUGGAGUUCAUGAAUGAAUACAGUGCUUUCAAAGCAACUCCAGUUUCAUCUCCGUGUGAUACAGAGGGUCCAAACUGGAAUGAAGGUUUGCUGCAGAGGUGCCAAGACACAGAGCUCCCACUGGAGGUCCCAGCAGGAGAGCUGUCCCAGUUGCAGGUGCACGUCCUCCAGCCAUCUGUCAGUCAGGCUGAGGCCCAGGAACUCAAACAGAUGCUGAUGCAGCUGAAGAACCUUGCCCUGGAGGCAGAGACAGAGCUGGAACGACAGGAUGAUGUUCUUGAUGAACUAACCAGCUCCACUGACCGAGCUACCAUGCACAUAGAGAAGCACACCUGCCGCAUGAAAAGACUGCUGUAGCUCUGACAGUCCAGCAGACGCAUGCGGUCACAUCGUCCUUCCUGAGAAAUUCAUUGUAAGCUUCCUCAUUGCCCUCACAGGAUUGGUACAAUGUGAGAACAGCGGAAACAGCAGUAGGGACUUGCAUUUACUCAAAAUAGGAUUUGUUUUGUAUAUAAUCACAUAAACACAUGGGUUCAAGUGUCCGUGAUUUCUGGGAAGUUUAGCAAUGUUCGUGUAAUACUAAAGAUGUUCCCCAAAAUCUAGGAAAUUUGGAAAACGACCCCAUAUGUCAUUUGUACAAACAGCAAUUACGACUCAUAUUUAUGUUUAUUGUUGGGCAGUGCCCUUUAGUGGCCGCAGUAAUUAUGACGGGAGCAAAGCAGGAAGUAAGGUGACGAAGCAUAAGAGCGGCAAACUCUGCGUAAGGAGGCAGGUUGGGGGGGGUGGAUGGGCGACUUUCGUCCAGGAGACCGGAGUUUGUGUCCCGUUAGAAAAUAAAUGUCAACGUCAGGUUUUAAAAAAAUAUAUUUUUUAACCUAAACCAUGAUAUUUUUCUAAUCCUAACUAAGACGUUUUGGUGCCUAAACCUAACCAAACUGCGACCGUUUUCACAACAUUAACGGCCGUUAAGCUUAGGUAUAAGGACGGAAAAUGCUCCUGUGGGUCGUAUUUUCUGCCACCACUAGGGGCGCUGAUUUGUCUAACACUCCUGUAGGUCGUUUAAGAGGGUGGCUUAGAGGACUAGUCGUAAAUUUGCCUUUCAGAUUAUGAUUUUGCACUUUGUGCAAAUAUACGUCUUCAUUGUUUUAUUUGAACAGUUCAAUCAUGUGUGACUGAGAUAAAUGAGCAGUCUUUAUGAAGAGUAGAGUCUCCACCCUGCCCUCGCAGCCGUGGCUAGCAUUGUUAGCAUUACAUUUGGCUUAGAUCAGGGGUCAACGUUCUUUAAGCCAAGGACCCCUUAACUGAAAGAGAGACGGAGCAGGGACCCCCUACUACAUAUAUUGUAUAUGAUUAAGUUGCAUAUUACACUGGGCCUACAAUAAC